CGCUGACAGAGGGAUGGCGGUGAUUGGGGGGUUUGAAAGUUGCACAUUUGUGCAAAACACAGGUCGAGGGCAGAGCGAUUCAAAAACUUUUACAGCCGAGAAGAGAAGAAAAGAGAAGAGAAGAGAAGAGAAGAGAAGAGGAAAAGAAAAAGAAAAAGGGAAAGGGAAAGGGAAAGGGAAAGGAAGUUUAUAAUAAUAUUAAUAAUACCAGCUGCAUAAACUUAGUGAUACACACGCAGAGGAGAGCAGAGAGGAAUUCGUUUAAUAACACAGCACCCGCACGCAGAGGCUACGCUCCGCUGGCCCGCGCUGACGAAUCAGAACCGGAAGACGGCUCGUUGGUCUUGGUCAAUCAGUUCCAAGUGAAAGGUUACAGGAUGGGCUCGGCUGAGAGCAAGGUGCUAGCGGACACGCCCCCCUCCGCCCUGCGCAACAAACACCUGGCAAGUGUGGAGGACCCGCGAUCACCCAGCACAGGCAUCGCCAGGACGCCUAUACAGAUGAAAGAUGUCUCCACCCCCUCCCCCUCCCCCUCUCUGGGUGCUGCUCUCUCUGUGGACCCCCAGGAACCCUUUGACCCCCGCUCUCCGAGUGUGGGAAUCACACGCACCCCUGUGAAGGCUCUCAUGGCAGAGACUAUGACCCUGCUGGUGCGUCAGCUGAGUGAGCUGUUUGUGAGCGAGGGGGGGGAGCUGGAGGCUGGAAACCAGGGACUCGAGGGGGGGACCCAGGGCACAGGCAUAGAGGAACCCCCCCCUGCGCUAUCUCCUCUCGGCAGUGAUGAGGACACCCUGCUCCUGACCGUGGAGGAGGCGGAGUCAGAAAGCCCCCUUACUGGGGUGACCCCCCUGCUGGACCCCACACCGCUCCUCUCCCCAGAGGAGCAGCCCAGCGAAGCCGGUGCUCUGAUAGGCCCUGACAAGGCAAAGCAUUCUGGGAGUCACGUGAUGGGGCGCCUGGGCCAGGCUAGGGUGGCGGUGGCGAGGUCGCCACGGGGCAAAGUGAGAGGCUUCCGGCAGACUCGUCCCCGUAGGAGCAAGGCAUCUCUGCUGAGCAGCAGUGAGGAGGGGAGCCGUUCCCCCCUGCAGAUACUGCAGCACCCGGACUGGAACUCACCCUGCAGCCCGCAGCCCAGCCAGAUGAAGAAAGGGCUCUCUCUCCUGGACCAGGAUGGCAGUGUGCUGAAGCCUGCACUAAGCCGAGGGUUGCACCGUGAUAAGGAGAAUAUGGAGAGCUGGGGGAGCUAGACUCCAUUCCUCUGCAAAGGAGCCCUCUCGCUGGAGUCUGGGCAAAGUCUUCCACACUUCCCGUUUUAAAGCUUUGCUCCUAGCCUGUAUUUGUUGUAUUUAUGUAUACUGUCUGUGUAGCUGCAGUUUGUUUCUGAUUUUUGGAAGUUUCUGUGUAUAUAUUUCUGUCCUGUCUGAUUUUUAUUUUUGUUGUAUGUAAAAUAAAAGCCGUAUUUUAAUGGUG